GGAGACAAUCAAAUAAAAAGAACAUAAGUAGUGAAAGGAGAAAAAAAACAAAAACACAAAAACAAAACAAAAAUAAAUAAAACACAGACAACACCCUAUGGCACACAAAUUAUUCUGAAAUCUCAACAGGCAACUUUUAUUCUGAAAAUUAGCGAAUUAACGCGUAUGAGACUCUUUUGGUCCUCUCCGGCUCCUGUAGCAGCUCCUCUGUCUCUUUCUCCUCUCAGCCUCAGCAUGGAGCCUUUCUACAACUUUAUCUCGGUGUUUUAGCGUUAGUUCUCGGUCGCUUUAGGAUUCCCGGUGUUCGUCUGGAUCCCGUUAACUCACCGGUACACCAUGUUUACCACCACCGGCUCCCGGGGCCUGUACAAGGCUCCUCUGUCUAAAGGCCUCCUGCUGGUCCUCAACGGGCUGACUGUGAUGCUCACUCUGCUGCCUCACUACCACGAGCUGUUCUCAUACGACCUGCAGGCUGACACCCUGCAGACACAGGUGUGGAGUUUGCUGUGUGGCAGGCUGGUCUGUCUCGACGUGAAGGACGCCUUCUGUAGCAGCCUGCUCAUUUACAACUUCCGAAUCUUUGAGAGGAGGUUUGGCACCAGGAAAUUUGCCUCCUUCCUGUUUGGCACUUGGUGUCUCUCUGCGCUGAUGGACUUCCUGCUGGCCCAGGCUUUCCAGUAUCUGUUCGACUAUGAGGUGGAGGAACUGCCUGCAGGACUGCUCGCUCCAGUCUUCUCUCUGUUUGUGCCUUUCUACCGGUUGAUCCCCAGGGUGCCAGUCACCCAGGUCCUGGGCCACAUCCACAUCACCAACAAGUCUCUGGUCUACAUAGUAGGCUUACAGCUGUUGACUUCUGGUCCCUUCAUGUGGCUCCUUGCACUCAGUGGACUGAUCUCAGGCGCACUGUACCACUCCAAUGUUCUCUGGUUACAGAAGCUCCUGUUUGUACCCGCCUGGGUGUCUUGGAUUGGACGGUAUAUUCUGGAGCCAAUCUUCUCAAGCUCCCAACCGAGCAGUGAGACGCCUGUGGGGAUGGGCGCCACUCUGGACAUCCAGAGGCAGCAGAGGAUGGACAUUCUCGACCAGCAGCUGCUGCUGGCCCAGUACAACGAGUCCAGGAGGAACACCAGACCACAGCCACAGGGUGGGUUGUUACAGUGGACCAGGUUGUUCCCCUCCCUGAGACAAAGAGGACAGAACCGACCCCCAAUGCAGCCACGCCCCCAGGCUCAGACACCCCCAUCUACACAGACACCUCUACCGGACAACUCUCCUAUCGCAGAGGAUCAGGUUGCACGGUUGGUUGAAAUGGGCUUUUCCAGAACUGAUGCCCUCGAGGCCCUCAGAGCUUCAAACAACGACAUCAACAUGGCAACCAACUUCCUCUUGCAACACUGAGAGAGAGCGAGGGAGCUCAGCGAGGUAAAUGAGAACAGAGAGAGAAAACUGGAAGAGAAGCAACCAAAGCAGAGGAGCAAAAUGGACAGAAUGAAAGACAGUGAAUGAUGGACAACUUGUACAGAUAAUCUGAAGUCUGUGUCACUGCUCGCCGAAGCAGUCGUCAGGCUGACUCAACCUGAACCGAGCCCGAUAGCAGGCUGAUUAAUGAAGAGGUGUGAAGCACAAAGUGGGAGACAUUUGCGUCAUAGCUUUCCGAUGGCCGCCGUAGUGUGAAACGGACGUCAUCGCUCGAGGCAGACGAGUUAGAGCUCUAACUCCGAGGGGUUCCCUAUGAAAAAUAUACAGAAACCAAACAGGAGUCUGCAGUGCAGUGGAGGGAAUAUAAAGUGGGUUAUUUCUUUCAAACAGAACUAAUGCUGAAACACACAAAUCAGCUGAGAUCCCACCCUCCCUCCAAAGGGAUACCAACUUAUAGCUGUGUGAACUAGAGUUUUAUACAAACCACUGUCAUGUACUGCCACUCUACUUCCAAAAAGGCUACCGUGUAACCAGCAUCUUCUGCUGUGUUCAGACCAAGAGUGAAGCGAAUUUUCGCAUUGCUUUACAUUACGAGUUGGACCGCCAGUAUCAUUUGUGUUCAUUUACGCUAGACGCACCGGAGAGGAGAAGGAACUUGUCUCCGUAGAUACCAACAAGUUUUCUUAACACCAUUUUCGCCAUCAACCAUGGAAGAAAUAACCACUGUUGCUGCUUUGUACAUGUUGUGGAAGUCCCAGAUGUCAGAAAACCAAACGCCGUCGUGUCUGGGUUCAUAACAUCACCCUGCGGCGAGCUGUAUUCAAAAACAGUGCCAUUGCACUGACUGUAUCUAGCGAGCCACACUCCACUACUGCAGUAUGAACCCAACAUAAACAGUUUGUGCUGUGAUUUAAUUGCAAUAAACAGAUCAAAAGGAUGCCGAAAUAACAACAUAAUAAUGCUGAUUUUGUCAGGUCUGUCCGCAAGACGACAAGCAAACAACUUUUAGGAUGUUUGUUUCCUGAAUGGAGUUUGGAUCAAUCAGUGCCAGGCUAUGCUAACUUUGUUGCUGCUCCUUUAACACUCAUAGCGUCAUCUAGGCAUAAAUACGGCAGCAACAUUGUUGUAAACGGAUCAAAAGUAUGCCGAAAUAACAACAUAAUGAUGCCGAUUUGUAAAAAGUCUGAAUUCAUGCUUUGUCAAGUUUGUCCGCAAGAAGACAAUUAAAUAACUUUUAAAUUG